AUGGAAUAAGGUUAAACUAGUGAUUAGGUUUAGUAAGUUGAGGAAAAAAAAUCUUUUUUCCAAAAGCUUAAGCAUUUUAUUGGCAUGUACUUGUAUUUUAUCUAGCCAUAGCUAACAAUAUUCUUAUCAACUGCCAUUGUUGCAUUAGCAUUUAAGCUUAGAAGUAAAGGCAUAGCUGGUUUCUUAGUGAUAAGUUAGAUUAUAUAGCAAUACACAAACAAAUCAGAUAUUUACCGCAGUGUCUUUAAUUGGCUAGAACCACAUAAGUAUUUCAAAGGUUUUAGAGUACAUUAUGAGAGUCCAUUAGAAAACGAAAAGAUCCUUUUACCAUUCCAUCCUCAUAGCAUAUUUACUAUGGCCAUUCAUUUUAACAUGUACCGCAAAGACGAAGAGUUGAGCAAAGCAUACUAUUGUGCCUCAAGAAUGGCACUUUCUGUUCCUUUAACUGGCUACUUUUAUCGCUGGUAAGGUUUUGUAGGAGCCAAUCCUUAAUAAUUUAAAUAGCUAAUGCAUGAGAAGAAAAGAAUUUGCUUCGUCCCAGGAGGAUUUGAAGAGGCAACUUUGACUUCUGAUAGAUUUUACACUUUGUAUUUGGAACAUAAAGGUUUUAUAAAGUAUGCCAUGCAAACUGAUUACAAAAUUAGACCAGUAUUUGUUUUUAAUGAGAAUAAAGCUUACACAACAAUAGACAGAUUUUAUAAAUUCAGGUUAUUCUUAAAUAAAUUUAAAAUGGGAGGAGUACUAUUUUAUACAAAAUAUUUACUCCCUUUCCCUAACCCAGAUAUAAACAUUGAAAUUGUAGUUGCUAAUCCCUUCGAAGUGAAAUAGAUUGCCAACCCAACCAAUGAAGAGAUUGAUUAAGAGCAUAAAAGAUACUUUGAAUAUGUAAAUGAGGUCUACCAUAAAUUUAAAAAGAUAUAUGAUCCUGAAGGUUAAGAUCUUAGAACUUACAAAAAUGGCGAAUUUGUAACAAUUCCUCCUCCAUAGCCUCGUCUUUGA